GGUGGAGGAGAUGCAUGAAUGAUGUUUAUGGUUUUCUUUUUCAAUCUUGGACAACCAGGCGUUUCACCAAGAGGAUGAAAAUGAGCGAGAUUUAAACAGAUUGCUGUGCGUAAUUUGGUGCGUAAUUUGGACACAAGUGCCCAUAUUACGCAGGGAAACAAUUCGUCAUUGUUCUACUCUAUUACGACCAUCAACACCAGAGGAAGGAGUGACUCGUUUCGAAAUGACCGUGGGAGAAGAAGAGUAAAAAAAAAAAAAAAAAAAACCUGCCCUCCACCCAAACUUAUCGCCGCGAUGACCCUCGGCGCGGUGUCCGGAUCCGACGGCUCGUCCGCGGGCAGCUUCUGUUCGUGCUGCGGGGCGAAGAUGGUGCCUUACUUCAGCGACGACGCGGUGGUGUCAAAGAAUAACAUCAACCAGCUUAUCAGUGAGAGUUUCCUCACCGUGAAAGGUGCAGCCCUGUUCCUUCCCAGAGGAAACAGCCCCACGCCCAACUCUGCCCGCGCCAGCAGGAACAAGCACACAGGUGACCUUCAGAAACAUCUUCAGACCAUGUUCACUGUGCUGCGGCCGGAGGACACCAUCCGACUGGCUGUGCGUCUGGAGAGCGCCUACCCUCAGGUAACCCGCUACAUGGUGGUGGUCUCCACCAACGGCAGACAGGACACGGAGGAGAGCAUCGUGCUCGGCAUGGACUUCGUCUCCUGUGAUAGCUGCACAGUGGGUCUGGUUCUACCUCUCUGGAGUGACACUUUGAUCCACUUGGAUGGAGACGGUGGUUUUAGUGUUUCGACGGUGAACAGGGUUCAUGUUUUCAAGCCGGUUUCUGUCCAGGCCAUGUGGUCAGCCCUCCAGUCGCUCCACAAAGCAUGCGAGGUGGCCCGCUGCCACAACUACUACCCGGGCAGCCUGUUCCUGACCUGGGUCAGCUACUACCAGAGCAGGGUCUCCUCUAACCAGGUCUGCGUCAACGAGUGGAACGCCAUGCAGGAUGUCGAGUCGCACCGUGCCAACUCACCCGUUCUCUUCACAGACCUGCCCACAGAGAGGGAGCGCACAGAAAGGCUGAUCAAGACGCGCCUCAGAGAGAUCAUGAUGCAGAAAGACCUGGAGAACGUCACCUGUAAGGAGAUCCGAACAGAGCUGGAGAUGCAGAUGGUGUGUAACCUGAGGGAGUUUAAGGAGUUCAUAGACAACGAGAUGAUCCUCAUCCUGGGACAGAUGGACAGCCCCACUGAAAUCUUUGAACACGUCUAUCUGGGCUCUGAGUGGAAUGCCUCUAAUCUGGAUGAGCUGCAAAACAGCGGAGUGCUCUACAUCCUGAACGUGACCAGGGAGAUAGACAACUUCUUCCCGGGGAUGUUUCAGUACCACAACAUCCGAGUGUACGACGAGGAGGCCACCAACCUGCUGGAGUACUGGAACGAGACCUACAAGUUCAUCACCAAAGCCAAGAAAGCUGGUGCUAAGUGUCUGGUUCACUGUAAAAUGGGCGUGAGUCGCUCCGCCUCCACGGUGAUCGCCUACGCCAUGAAGGAGUACGGCUGGGACCUGGACACCGCCUUUGACUAUGUCAAAGAGAAACGGGCCGUCACCAAACCCAACCCGUCCUUCAUGAAGCAGCUGGAGGAGUAUCAGGGAAUUCUGCUGGCCAGCAAACAGAGGCAUAAUAAGCUGUGGCGCUCACACUCUGACAGCGACCUAUCAGAUCGCCCAGAGUCCAUGUGCAAAGCCUCGUCUCACUCUCUGGGCCGCUCCGACUCUCAAAACAACAACACCACUUCCUCCCCCUCCUUACAUCACUUCCUGGGCGUGGCCGUGCUGCAAGCGCUCGGCGCCGAGCCCGACGACUCUGCCAAGACGAACGCCACACACACGGACUCGAACGGUGUGUGUGACUCACCGGGUCAGGAGGAGGUCGGAUCAGAUUGCGGAGGCCCCCUCCUGCUUCCCCUCCCCAGGCCCCGAGCGGCCACCGUGGUCCCAGAGGAAAGACUGGACAAUUCAACCAGCGUGGCCGUCACUGUGCCUGUUGCUUUACCCCACCCUCCACCGUCACUCCACAUCCUACCCCCUACACCCGAACUCCAACGUGCUCACCGGAGUCCCCCCACCUCUCUGUCUAUUUCAGUGCCCAAACACAAACCGGUGGAACUGUCCCUCAAUUUGCCCGAGCGAAGCAGCUCAGAAGAAAUCUCUGCUCUCACUCUGGGAUCCGCUGACUCAGACUUGAUAGACCAGUCAUUAUCAGAUGUAGCAAGUGACCAACAGAGCCCCCUCAGCCCCGAGAACAACACUCCCCUCACCCUGGAUCUCCCUCUUCCCGCCAGCGAUGACAACAACAACCCCAGCGAGUUACAGACGGGCAGCGGCCGCGGCGAGGCCGACGGGUUGUCCAACCACAGCACGGACAGCAUAGACUUCUUCAGCGCCAGGGAGAAGUUUCUGGGCCUGGCCCAAGAUGGCAGAUCCAGGACACUGUCUGAGCAGGCACAGCAAAGGACGCCUCUGUCAUCUGAGGAAAGCGAAGACACUGAGGUUAAGGAGGAAGAGGAGCGAGGCUAUGGGAGUAGUCAGGCGUCCCCACAGUCUGAUGACAGCGUUGACAAAGCCAGCCCCGAUGGAGCUCACCAUGACAACGGCGUAUCAGUCCGCCAUAUUGUCACCGAGAUUGAAGCCAUAUGCCACCCUGCCUCCUGCCUCCCUGCCCCUUCCUCUUCCUCGCUCCCUCCAUCCUCCCACAGCGCUCAGCUCAUCCGACUGGACUCUCAGACGGAGGCGGAGGCUUCCGAGCUCCCGCACGGCUCUCUUACUCCACCUUCGCACCCGCAGUCCCCCUCCAUGCUGCCGUGCGAUUGGCCGGCGGGCUCGGUGCGGCGAGCCACCGAGCAGCUGGAGCAGAAGCUGAAGCAGGAAAUGGAGAUGGCGGCGGCGCAGCGAUCGCCGCUGCAUUCUCCCAGCGCUGAACAACCUCCCGUCAGACUGUCCCCGUGUCCGCUGAGCACCGAACACCUUCCCCAUCGCUUCACUCAGGACUGCACAGAACUAAAGAUCACUCAGGGAGAGAUCGCGGCUCUAUCUGCUGCCACGCCCAAAGACGAAGAAAAGCACACAGGGUCGCAAAUAGAGCUCAACUCCUCAGGUCAGGACAACCUCCCAGACCCUCCAUGCUCCACCGACUCAAAUAUCACACGAGUCUCUGGGGCUACACCUAUCAUUGUGCCCACUUCCACAGAUAGCCAUAUGUUGACAUCACCACAGACCUCCACUAGUCAGUUAGAAGAAUCAUCUCUAGAUACCUCAUCCCAAUCCCAAAGACAAAGCCAGUUUAACAGCCAAAUCCAGCAGCAUCAGACCCAUCAGGCCAGUUCUCACCAAAUGACUCUUGAUGGGGUGACAGUGAAGGAGUCAGAUCCAGAUGAGAGGCUGGAGUCCAGCUCUCAGGGCGGGCGGGGGGGCUGUGGCCCCAGCUGUGACGCCGAGAGCAGGCUGGCUCGCGGCAGCCAGGAGCUGGAGAGGAUCCAGCAGACACUGAAAGAGCUGCAGGCUUUCCUCCACGAGGGGGUCAGCCUGGAGAUGACAGACAGUCAAGACCAGGAACUGGGGCAGCCUCAGGCGCUGAGAGACAGCAUGGACACAGAGCCGGAACCUUGUAAAAGCUCGAGUUCUGAACAGACCCCUGCAGACCUGGAAAUAGGGCAGCGGCGCCGGGAGAGACAAGAGGGGAAGAGUUUCCUGGAGCCGAUAUUGUGGCACAGAGCCAUGGAGCUCGAGGCUCGCAUCCGCCAGGCGGGCCUCACCCCGCCUUCUCUCAUGAAGAGGUCGGCCUCCUUAGCUAAACUGGACUGUCUGGAGCUGUCAGCCAACGACCUCAGCGACUUGGACCUGAGGACACACAGCAGGGCGACAUCGUCACAUUCCCAGGACUCUUUCUCCACGUCCACAUCUCACCACGACGACACCUGGAAGAAGCAGAAAGUGUUGGCUCGAAACACUCACGUGGGAACGCCAGGUCUGUCCCACGGCGGCGGGGAAUUUGAUGAGUCAUCCUCGUCACCCUCCCUCUGCUUCCCCUCCUCUGCCCCUCACUGCUGUGCGGAAGACGACACAGGUGAGAGGGAGGAGCCGGAUGGCGUCGGGAGCGGCGGGGUCGCUACGACGCGUCAGCAGGGGAGGGGACACUCGUCGAGACGAUCCCGCAAAGGCUCCGCUGACAAAAAGCAGCGAGCCGUCACUGUGCUAUACAAUACCAUGUAACCUCAGCGCAAUGGACUGGAACGGACACGACUGGAGCUGUGCAGAUGUGUAGGAGAGACUGCAUGAUGUGUAUGAAUGUGUAGCAGUUAACUGGAGACCUCUGUGUAACCUCCGAUGUAUGUUAAGCGUGUAAGAAUUGAAUGACAAACAUAUGUUUGCAUGUAAACCACUGGAUGUGUUGUGUUCAACUGGAGUUCAGGUCUGUAUGUACAGUAAUGAAAUAUGAAUGUUGAAUUUAAAAGUGAACCAGUGCAUACUUCAUGCACUCCGUUAUAUAUCUGUCUCCCUUUUUCUUUUUUUUAAGAAGCGUUUGUUUUCAGUGUUUGACCCUCACUGCCUGUUCAGAGUUUCUACAACGAGAGGGGCUUUUUCUCCAAACAUGCACUUUACUGUUUCAAUGAUUUUCUUUUGUUUGAAAUCUGUUUCUUACCCACGUGGGGAGGAUUCUUUUGCACUGAUCUCGGUCAACUCGUCUCUGUAUGCGUGUUUUUUUUUGUUGUUGUUUUCAAAGUGCACAGACGUGUCUUUGUUCAGAUCUUAAUUGAACCAGGACAAAGCUGAUACCUUGUUUUUUUUUUUAAGUCAAUGCAUUAGCAGUAAAUAAAUGGUGAGUUUGUUUUCA